AUGUCAAUAAAAAUGGACGAUCUAGACCAAAUGGAGCGGUUGCAUACACUUAGAAUGGUGUGUAUUAUUAAUUUAGUGAAUUUUUUAAAAAUAUUAUUAUACGUUAACAUUACAAACCAUAGUUAAACUUAAAUAGAAGAUAUUAUCUGAUGGUUUUAUACUAAACACGGUCUAAAAUUUACUCAAAAAUAAAAUUAAAGUUUUAAAAUAGAGAAAGUAUCAGUUAAAAUUUGGAUAAAAAAUAUAGAAAUUGACUUUAAAAAUUUUUAGGAGCAAAUUCAACGUGGUGAAUUUGUGGAUUCGAUGCGAAAACAUCGUGGACAUGAAUUUUCAAUUCAAUCAAGUAGUGGUAGAAACCCAUACUGUGAGAUUUGUCUUUCAACAAUCUGGAGAAUUGGCCAGCCUUGGAGGAAGUGCAAAGGUAAAAAUUUAUGAAAAAAUUUGAAUUUUGAAAAUUGGCUUUGUUAUGGGGCACAGAUUUAUUUGAAUAAUCUAAUAAAGCACCAAAAAUAAAAUUGGCAUUUUAAAGUAAAUUUUUUUAAUUUUUAUUUUUUACAAAAAAACUCUAUUUCAUUACAGUAUGCGGCCUCCGAACCCACGACAAAUGCAUAAAGGACGUAAAACGACCCUGCGCUGGCCUAAAAACUCGCCGCGACAACUUCAAACUCAACUUAAGCCUAUGCCCAGAGAGUGGUCUAAUGGCUCAAACCUACAAAUGUGCCGAGUGCCUGAGGCCAAUCGGCUUUGGAAAAGGUCCAGAGCUGGAGCCGAGAAUUUGCGACUAUACUGGAAAGUACUAUUGUAAGAAAUGUCAUUGGAAUGACGAAAUGGUCAUACCGGCUAGAGUGGUUAGGAAUUGGGAUUGCACUAAGCGACCGGUAAGUGGGGGUUGCGUUGGAUAUGGUGUUAUAGUAAUAGUACUAGUAUAAUAUAAUAGUAAAAUUUACUGGUACUAGUAAUAAAAAGUUUUAAAAAUUGUUUUUAUAGUCUUUUUCGAGGCUAAACAAUAUGAUGUUGUAGGUAUGCCGAGCUUCAAAACAGCUUCUCUCUUUGGUCGAACAAAAGCCCAUUAUCAACCUAAACCGGGACAAUCCGGCCUUAUUCAAAUAUGUGAAUUCACUACAGAAAAUGCAAACUUUGAGGAGCGCGAUUAUGUUCAUGAAAUGCUAUUUUGUCUGCUGUAGAGUAAGAUUUUUAAAUUUUUGAAAAUUUUUCGAAAUUUUUAAAAAUGAAAAAAAAAUCAAAAAUGACUUUCCUAUCUUUAGCAAGCCCGCAAACUCCGCAUUCUACAACAUCUGAACAAGUAUCAACAUUUCGUGGAGUCAGAAGACAUGUAUAGCCUAGUGGAUUUGGUACAGAUUGCUACAGGCACCAUCGUUCAUGAAAUUGAACAAAUCGUGGAGAUAUUCAGAACCCACAUCACUAAUGACUGUGAAAUCUGCAAAGGAAACGCGUUUAUCUGCGAAUUGUGCGAUGAUGAUCAUGUAAGUUGGGCUAGUGUCUUUUGGGGUGGGUGGUGGUGAUUUAAAAAAAUUUUUUUUUGAAGUUUGAAGUUUCUUGAAAUGAUGAUUUUUAAAACUUUUUUCAAAAUUUCACUUAUAAAUUUAAAAAUUUCAGUUGAUUUUCCCAUUCAAUGAAGGAGUAUCCAUCUGUAAAACGUGCUACGCCUGCUUCCAUAAGCCUUGUUUCGAUAGGCGGUCGAAAAGAUGUACAAGAUGCCAACGAAGACGGUCAAGGAAAACCGUCGUUACAGUGGAAGAAGACGAAACAGAAGAGGAAUUAAGCGAGGAAUCUGAAUCAACGAGAAAUGAAUGCGAAUCAGAAGCAAAAUGUUGUGAAUCUUCAUCGAAAAACGGGCUGGAAUUGGAGAAAAGCUGUGGUUUAGAGGGUGGAAAGGGUGAGAAAGGUUCAGGUUUUUGUAGGAAAGAUGGAGGAGGGCUAGAGAAAGGAGAUGAAAAAGGUCAGGAAAAAGCAGAGGUAUCAAAAGAGCAAUCAGAAGUAAAUAAAAAUGAAAAGAAUGAAUCAGAAGAGGUGAAAAAUCAAGAAAAAGUAGAAGUAAAAGGUCAAAAAGAAUUAGAAGAACUGAAAAAUGAAGAAAAAGUAGAAGAGAAAGCAUAA